UGGACUACUAGAAUUGUAUACAUUGGAAUAUGACUGAAUACUUAUUACGAUUGUCGCCAUUUUGUUUAAUAAGUUUUAAUAAUAUUGAUAUCAAUUUUCAGUGUUUCAGUGUUGACCGAAAGGUUACGAUUGAAAAUGUAAGAAAAUGUAAAACGAGAUUAUUGAAAGAUAAGAGAACAGCUACAAACCAGAGAAUAAAAUGAUGUAUUCAAUUCUAUUACCUACGGCCCUACUACUUUUAAUACAAAAUGUUCACUCGCAGUGCAGAUUUUUACGAUUAUCACCAAAUAGUGCUAACUUAGUUGUAACAGAAACAGUUAGUAGACCUCUAGCGUCUAUAAAAUGUUCCAGUAACGGAACGGCAGCGACGGACGUUGCGGCCGAGUCGUAUUAUUGUAACGUUGAUGUGACUAGUACGAGUCAAACUGGAUUGUUUACUACUGCACGAGACUCUAAUACUCUGUUACUGGAUACCGUGGGAGAUUGGCGAGUGAUAUUUAAUUCGGCGAGUUCAUUUAAUCUUCAAUCUGUUGUUGGUACACAGUACAGGGUGAGAAUUACUUGUCGUGAUGCUACGGAUAUCUUCUCAAGUCAAUCAGUUUUUCAAUUUCUCUUCGUUACCAUCACACCUAACUUACCUCCUACUAUAUUCAACUCGCCUGGCGCUGAAGUUAAUAUGGAUGCUAAAGCUACUGGUAAAGGUGUAGUGUUCUACACCCUGACUGUCGACGAUUCGGAGAAUGAUUUCAUAUCGUACUCACUAUCUACAGAACCUAGUGUUAACUACUUCGAUCUUGAUACAAGUAACGGGGAGAUAAGAACAGCUGUAGAUUUAAGGACGGCGACACAAACACCCAUAUUUGUACGAGUAAACGUUACGGAUGGCUAUAACACGGUCGGACCAUUCUCUAUAACUGUUAGAUUAUCCAAUCUUAACACGAGACCUGAUAUUGUAAAUCUACCCACAUCAGUUGAAAUAAGAGAGGAUGCUGUCGGAGGUGUUAUUGUUAGUGCCCUAACUGUCAGUGACCCGGAUGUCUUCUCAACCAGUCAAUCUGCCCUUACUCCAGUCUGUUCCGUCUCACCAUUAUCUGGACAGUCAAAGUUUGACCAAAAAGGUAAUGUUAUACGAACGACCAGUUUCACCCCUGAACAAGAUAUCUUUGAUUUUGAGGAGACCCGAUCUUAUAAUAUAUCAUGUUCUGUAACCGAUGGCUUCCUGUCUUCCGUUAAUGAAUGGAUACUGGUUAAUAUUUCUAAUGUGAACGAACCUCCAGUCUUUAAUGAGAUUAUAUAUUACUGUAAUUUGGUAGAAUCUAAGGCAGGCGACUCAUCGUGUGACUUGGGGUUCAACAUUCGUGACCCGGAAUCAAAUGCUUACUCCAUUACUCUGUUGCCUGGUAACAAUAGUAAUCGUUUUGCGCUGAGCAACAGCAACAAUAACAACAAUGGCUUCCUUAACAGCAACCAGAGGUUGACCUUUAACAUUGAUUAUGACGUAGAUGAAGCCCAGUUACCGACCAGUGUGCUUUUAACCGUGGCAGCGAUUGAUACAAUUGGCGCUACUGGUACUGCCAGGAUUUCUAUAAGUAUUGCUGAUGCCAAUGAUAACUCGCCUACAUUUAGCACGGUUCUAGCCUCACUUGAUGUAGAUUACAAUACCAAAAUAGGAAUUGUUGGUGCUAUAACAGCUACAGACAAAGACAGAGGAACAAAUGGAGAAAUAGACUAUACUUUACUUGACGUUAUUCCGCCCAAUUAUGUGACGUAUGUGUUUGCACUGGGUAAUGGUGAGAUACAAUAUGCUAAACAAUAUGAUGAUACUAUAGCUGGUAGUAGUGCCUUUCUUACCAUACGAGCUGUUGAUAGAGGGAGCCCUAGACGAUCUUCUACAGGUACCAUUGCUGUAUCAUUCCUUGCAACUACGACAACGUCGACCACAAUGACAACGACCCCGACUACCACUACACCUACUACUACGACCACAGUAGCUACAACAACUACUACAGAGUAUAAUUUUUUUGCCCAUCCAGAGAACAUCGUGUUAUUUUCAGCCUUUCUGAUAGCCAUGAUUAUAGCUUUACUUGUAGCUCUGUUUUUCUGUGUGAGGUUAACGACAUUAGGAUAUUGUUGUUCACCCAGUGAAGGAAAUGACAAACCAUCAGAUGAUUAUGAGUAUUAUUCGAGAGAAGGGUCCAUGGCUUACGAUGAUGGAUAUAGGGGCAAAUCAGAUUAUUUUGAUAACCAGUUUUCACGAGGUGGGAUGGCACCAAACAGAAAUUUAGGACAGACAGGUCGACCUCUGCCAGCAAUAAGAUGAAAAUAUUAACAAUUUAUUAGUUUAUGUAAAUAAAAUGUACAUAUUGCCUUAGACUUAUAUUAAAAAUGUACAAAUUGUUCUAGACUACUAUUAAAAUGUACAAACUGAUCUAGACUACAAUUAAAAAUGUACAAAUUGAUCACGAUUUCCAUUAAAAAUGUAAAAAUUGAUCUAGACUAUUAUUAAAAUGUACAAAUUGAC